UGCAAUACCUAAUCUACCCCGCCGCCCUCCCGCCGCCACGGUGUCCUCGUAAUUUCCGUCUACGGGUAGGCCGCAUCUAAAUCGGCGCCAAACUAAAGUGCACGUCUGUCUGUUAUGAUCCAUCAAAGAACACGAACAAAAUGACUCUAACCAUUCCAUGGCCGUGCAAGGCAAGAACACCCACACCCACACCCACACCCACACCCACACACAGACACAGUCGCUCUUCUUCUCCAACCACCAUUUCUUCCUUAGCCUUCAAACACAAGCAUAACAACAACCUUAAACUCAACAACAAUUCGAUUUCAUUCCCAAUAGGAGUCGGAGGAGUUUUUUCCCCUGCAAGAAUCCCAAUGGCAGCAGACGAUCGUGAAUACGAUGACGGAAAGCCCAGAAAUAAUCUGCCGGAGAAGACAGACCAUCUCCGGCGGAGGAGCAGAUUCCUGUCGGAAAAGGCGACGGUGGGAGUGAUAAUCGGGAUGCAUCUUCUCUGUUUAUGGGCCCCUUUCACAUUCACCUGGGGAGCCUUCUGGGUAGCCGUUGGAUUAUAUUUCAUUACAGGGCUUCUAGGAAUCACCCUGUCUUAUCACAGGAAUCUCUCUCACAGAAGCUUCAAAAUCCCCAAAUGGCUCGAGUACUCCUUCGCCUACUGCGGCGCUCAAGCCCUCCAAGGCAGCCCGAUCGAUUGGGUGAGCACGCACAGGUACCAUCAUCAGUUUUCGGAUUCGGACAAGGAUCCGCACAGUCCCAGGGAGGGCUUCUGGUUCAGCCACGUGGGCUGGCUCUUCGAUACCAGAUAUAUCAUCCAAAGGAAUGAGAAGCCGAGCAACGUGGGGGAUUUAGAACAGCAAGGUUUUUACAGGUUCAUAAAAAGCACCUAUGGCGUCCAUCCAUUGUUGCUGGGAGGCCUGCUCUACGCCAUGGGAGGGGCUUCUUACAUCGUCUGGGGAAUGGGGGUGAGGAUCGUGUGGGUGUACCACAUAACGUGGCUGGUGAACUCAGCGUGCCACGUGUGGGGGCGGCGCGUGUGGAACACCGGCGACAGCUCCCGGAACAACUGGUGGGUGGCGGUGGUGGCGUUCGGAGAAGGGUGGCACAACAACCACCACGCGUUCCAGUACUCGGCCCGCCACGGCCUCGAGUGGUGGCAGUUCGACAUGACCUGGUACGCCGUCCGCCUCCUCCAAGCCGCCGGAUUCGCCACCCACGUCAAGCUGCCCGCCGCCGCCCACAAGAAAAGAUUGAAUAUGAUCGAUAUUAAUUAAUUAGUUAUUUAAUUUAUUGUGUAGUGGCAGUUUUACACAGACAUUAUGUAUGAUGUAUGCACCCGGACCCGAAGCACCCAAGUCAUUCAGGUGCAUUUAUGAGGGUGUAUAUUUAGAAAUAGUAAAAUUAAGUCAAAUAUAAUAUUCAACUUUGUGAUAUUAAAAAUAAUAAUUUAAUCAAAUAUUAAGGGUGCUAUGCUGAUUUUGUUGGGUUUGUAUGUGAAAGAGGAGAGAAUAUAAA